GGGGCCGCCGCCGCCGCGCGCGGAGUGAGAACGCGUGCAAUGGAGGAAACACCGCCCCCACUGCAAGCCGGCAGCAAGCCGCACCUUGAGAAGUUGACCCUGGGCGUCACUCGCAUCCUGGAAUCUUCUCCAGGUGUGACAGAGGUGAGCAUAAUAGAAAAGCUGCCUGCUGAACGUCAUAUGAUUUCUUCAUGGGAACAGAAAAACAAUUGUGUGAUGCCCGAGGAUGUGAGAAACUUCUACUUGAUGACCAAUGGUUUUCACAUGACCUGGAGUGUGAAGCUAGAUGACCACAUUAUUCCACUAGGAAGCAUGGUGAUUAACGGCAUUUCAAAACUGACUCAGCUCAGCCAGUCUUCAGUGUACUCACUUCCUAAUGCACCAACUCUGGCAGACCUAGAGGAUGAGAGUCAAGAAGGCAGUGAAAACCACCAACUAGAGAAGCCUCACUUUGACUGCCGCAGUGCGAUAUUUGAGCUGGAUUCAUGCAAUGGGAAUGGGAAAGUUUGCCUCGUCUACAAAAAUGGGAAACCCGGAUUAGCACAUGACACUGAGAUAUGGUUCCUGGACAGAGCAUUAUACUGGCAUUUUCUCACAGAUACCUUUACCGCCUAUUACCGCCUGCUCAUCACCCACUUGGGCCUGCCCCAGUGGCAGUAUGCCUUUACCAGCUAUGGCAUUAGCCCACAGGCCAAGCAAUGGUUCAGUAUGUACAAACCCAUCACCUACAACACAAGCCUGCUCACAGAAGAGCCCGACACCUUUGUGAACAAGCUGGACCCCAGCAAAGUGUUCAAGAGCAAGAACAAGAUUUUAAUUCCAAAAAAGAAAGGGCCUGUGCAGCCUGCCAGUAACCAGAAAGGACCUGGGCCCUUAGCUCCUCCUAGCUCUAAGCCUUCCACAGGCUCUGGAAACCCUGUCCGAAAAUAAGCCUUCUAUCACCUCACAUCAGUAAUAUCCAGGCACAGAUGGCCCUGUGGCAGCCCCACCCUCAAACAGGUGUUGGCAUUCUCCUGAGUGACCAAAGCCUUAGGUUUUUGCUCCCACUGUCAUUAGCCAGGAGCUGGGACGAUGACACUGAAUUCUCCCCAGGAGUCCCUUUCUCUGUAGGUUGUGCCAAUUUCAUCUCCAAAACCAACCAAGAGUUUCAGAUGUACUUAGAGUUUUCUUAUGUCUGUACCCAAUCCUUAACUUCUUAGCAGUUAUUAGAGAGGUCACCUUCCCAAAUAAACCCAUGGUUUUUGACUCAUGAAGCAUCAAUAACGACUAGUCAUGUGACCAUCUCAGUUAUGAAAAUUUCACACCUUCAGUUGCAUUAGCCACACUUCUGGUAUGCAUCUGAUAGUAGAUUUCAUAUUGGACAGCACAGAAACAGGAACACUUCUGUCAUAGAAGUGUUUUGGACAACAUUGCAUGUGAACACUUUUAUAUUGUUCUUCAGAUACAAUAAUGUUAAUGCCUUACCUUCAUGUUUUGAGAAAACACUUUCAAAGACACAGUCUUGGGUUCUUUACAACCUAUACCACAAGCACAUCUCACUUGAGUCAUUUCAAAUUUCUGUAAAAUACCAUGUUCCUGAUCAGUUUGCUAUGAAGACUUUUGUUUCCAGCUUUCCAUCUAUGUUUCUACAUUUGCCAAAAUCAUCUUUAAAAGAGACCGACCCCUGCUGUAUUUUAUCUGUUAAUUCUCGGGGUAUCAUUUGCAAAUAAAGCCAGUCUAUUAAGAAUUUUCUGUGAUUCUGCUUAUUCACAGUUGGGUUCUGUCUCUCCCAACUUGCUGAAGUCUAAGCAGUAGCCUCCCUAGGCCAGUGUGUUGUCCCAAGGGGCCUUUGUAAGUAGGUGUCCUAUUCAAAAGGCAUUUUCCCAUAGAAACGUGAUGGUAUUAGACACUGAGCCAUCCCACAGGUUUAUCAUGUGUCAUAUAUUAGGCGUAUAACAAUUUCUGUGAAGAAAGACAUUUCUCUUAUUUUCGGUUAAUAUCUGUUCCUUCGUCUGCACUCCUGCCAAUGGGCAGGAGUUUUUGAUGGCUGUAAUUUUUGUAAUGAUAUCCUAGAGGUAGACUAAAGAGUUCUGAGGAGGGACAGACUGCACCCUCCCUUUCUAAUUGGCCAACCUGCUCUUUACUUUUCUGCCAUGGUGGUUGUCUGGGCUUCUCUUCCCUAGUAUGUGAUGGGAGUGAGAAGUCCCUGUCAUUUUCUACUGCACUUCUCCAACACCACUUUGAAUGUUUAGUAAAGAUUUCAAAUUCUUGUUUUGGGGACUGGAAGGAUGGCUCAGCAGUUCGGAGCAUGGACAACUCAUACAGAGGACCCAAGUUCAUGUGGCAGCACCCAUGUGAAGCAGCUCACGGCUCCUGGGACUCCAGCUCCAGGAGGCUCCGUCUAGCUUCCACAGGCACCUAUGCACACACAUAAAAAAGGAAAUAAAACUAUUUGAAAAAUUG